CUUUCUGAUGACGUAAAUAUUCCGCGACUCGCCUCCGGUAGCAAGUUCAUUUCAAACAAGCGUGACUCCCUGCGAGUCGAUGUUCAGAUGUAGAUACUUGUUUUUUUGAUGUAUCAAAGACUUUAGUGCUUUAGUGUAUUUCAUACCAAGAUGACGUCACUGCCGCAGAAGCGUUACUACCGACAGCGAGCUCAUUCAAACCCGAUGGCAUACCACUCGUUCGAGUAUCCAGUGUGUCCUGAGGAGAUGAACUGGUCUGAGCUGUAUCCAGACGUCUUCACUGGAAACCCUUCUGAGAUUGAGUCCCCCAGGGUUGAGUUUGCAGACAUUGGAUGUGGAUACGGGGGGCUUUUAGUGGAGCUAUCUCAACUUUUCCCAGACAAGCUCAUGCUAGGCCUGGAGAUCCGAGUGAAAGUGUCUGAUUAUGUUCAGGAUCGCAUCCAGUCACUCCGUGCCUCUGAGCCAGGAAAGUACCAGAACAUUGCCUGCCUUCGCAGUAAUGCUAUGAAAUACCUCCCCAACUUCUUUUCCAAAGGACAGCUCAGUAAGAUGUUCUUCCUCUUCCCUGACCCUCACUUUAAAAAGACCAAGCACAAAUGGAGGAUCAUCAGUUCCACAUUGUUGGCGGAGUACGCCUACACACUUAGAGUCGGGGGUUUGGUGUACACCAUUACAGAUGUGGACGAAGUGCACCUCUGGAUGGUGAAGCAUUUCACUGAACAUCCUCUUUUUGCACGUGUGCCUGAUGAAGAACUGGAUGGUGAUGUCAUCAUUAGUCGUUUGGGCACCUGCACAGAGGAAGGAAAGAAAGUACAGAGGAAUGGAGGGAAGAAUUUCCUCGCAGUUUUCCGGAGGGUUGAGGAUUCAGUUUAAGACCAAACAGUUUGGACAUGUGGUGAACUGAAAUAAUGGUCUAAUGGUCAAAUACAGCUGUGGAGGGAAGGUGCUGCUCUGUGGAGCUGGAGGCUGUAGCUUCUUCCCCAAGCAGAUCAAAAAUGUUUUCUGGAUUUAACAGGCCAACAUGACAUCAUUAGCCUACAGAGGAUGUUUUUUUUUUUUUUUAUUAAUGUUUCUAUUGUAUUCUUCAGCUAACUAAAUACAGCAGAGAGGAAGUCAAUCAUGAAUGGAUCUUUAGAUCUCAAGACAAACUGAUAUUGUUAAGACUGUUUAUUUUUUCUGUACAUUUUUUGGAUCUUUUUUGGUUUCUUCUACAAACUCCAAAGUGCUAAUAAGGUUUAUCUAUAAAGCUGAAAAGGAUUUUAGUAAAAGAAAAA